AUGGAGUCGCUCGUGCUCAGCUCCGUGUUGCUGUGUUUAAGCUCUGUAGUUCUUGUUUCUCCGGUGAACGCGCGGAUCGGUAAGCGUGCGCUGAUCGGCGCUUGUCCCGCGCGUUGCGACAAGUCUCGCUGUCCCGCGCUGCCUGCGCGCUGCGCCACGGAGCUCGCGCUCGACGCGUGCGGCUGCUGCGCGGUGUGCGCGUCCGGUGAGGGUGAAGCGUGCGCCGGGACCGGGGGCGCCAGGCGACUCGGCGAUCCGGUGUGCGCGCGCGGUCUGCGUUGUGUCGAGUCAUUAUCCUCGCCACUGUCGUCCUCCACCUCAUCAUCAUCCUCACCAGUCGUGAUCCGGCGAAGAGCGCGAACAGCAGUGUGUGUUUGCGCGAGCGAGGAGCCGGUGUGCGGCAGUGACGGAGUCUCCUACCGGAGCGCGUGCGAACUGAAACGGGCCAGCGAGCGCGCGCAGGAGAUACAACAGUCGCCAGUGCUUCUUGUGCACAAAGGAGCGUGCGGAGAAGUUCAGGAAAAGCCAACCAGUCUGAGAUAUAAAUACAACUUCAUCGCUGACGUGGUGGAGAAAAUCGCACCUGCUGUCGUUCACAUUGAACUAUACCGCAAGAUGGUGUACAGUUUGCGCGAGAGGGCUGUGGCCACUGGUUCAGGAUUUAUCGUGUCUGAUGAUGGACUCAUCGUCACUAACGCCCACGUGGUCGCCGAUAAAAACCGGGUGAAAGUGGAGCUGAAAAACGGACAGUCGUACGACGCCAAAAUCACUGACAUCGACGAAAGAUCGGACAUCGCUCUCCUCAAGAUCAACUCUCCGAGUAAACUUCCUGUGAUGAGUCUGGGCCGGUCAGCUGAUCUGAGACCAGGCGAGUUCGUGGUGGCCAUUGGGAGUCCGUUUUCAUUGCAGCACACAGUGACCACGGGGAUCGUCAGCACCACGCAGAGGGGAGGGAAAGAGCUCGGACUCCGCAACUCCGACAUGGACUACAUCCAGACCGACGCCAUCAUCAAUUAUGGAAACUCAGGAGGACCUCUGGUUAAUCUGGAUGGAGAAGUAAUCGGAAUAAACACCCUGAAGGUGACGGCCGGAAUCUCCUUCGCCAUUCCAGCAGACAAGAUCAGAGAAUUCCUCACCGAGUCGUAUGACAGACAGGCCAGAGGGCGAGUCACAGCUAAGAAGAAAUACAUCGGGAUUCGGAUGAUGUCGCUGACGCCCGAGCUGGUAAAGGAGCUGAAAGAGAAGCUGGGCGAUUUUCCUGACGUCACGUCCGGCGCUUACGUGGUCGAGGUCAUCUCCAGAACUCCAGCAGCAGUAGGAGGAGUGAAGGAGAAUGACAUCAUCAUCUCGGUUAACGGUGUGCGAAUUUCCUCAGCUGCUGAUGUCAGUUCUGUAAUUAACACAAACGCCAUGUUGAACAUCAUCGUUCGCCGUGGUAACGAGGACGUCCCUCUGACCGUUGUUCCCAUGGAGAUUGACCCUUGACCUCGACUCUCCUCCUGUCUGUGUGUCGGUGCUCUGAGACGAGACGAGUCACUGACUGAGGCGUUGCAUGAGGAUGGAGAUUUACAUUAUUUUAUUUUAUUUUAUUUUAUAGUUUUUCUUUAAAAGUAUUGAAUUUAAAUAAUAUUAUUGUUUACAGUUUAAUAAAAUAAGCCUUUUUGUUGUACUUUAGUUACUGUUUUUUUAAAGAUAAAUGGAAUGUUAAUGAAACGCGGAAUGUUCAGCCAAGCACACGGAGAAUAUCAGGAACAUCUGAAGAACUUUUGCUGGAUUUUACACCGUUUUUGUAAAAUAAGCAGAAUUUUGAUUGAUAAGAUCUGGGUUUUAAAAUCUUUUUUAAAAGAUGUGUUGAAAUUUUUUGCUUGUUAUUCUGCUUAUUAAAAAGGUAAAAUACUGAGAGGGACUGUGUCUCUUUUAUUUAGCACAGAAUUUUUACUCUGA